AUGCGUCUUCUCAAUGUGCAUACGAUGCAAUUGGAGGAUAUUUUCGACAUGGAAGACGCUUCUGGUUACGCUAUACUCUCGCAUACGUGGGGUGAGGAUGAAGUGUCAUUUCAGACUUUACACAGCAAAGAGACCAAGUUUACAUCUGGCUAUCGAAAGAUCGAAUGUUUCUGCCGUCAAGCUAUCAAGGACGGGUUCGACUAUGCUUGGAUCGAUACUUGCUGCAUAGAUAAAAAAGAUCCAACAGAACUUUCAGAGGCAAUCAAUUUAAUGUUCCGGUGGUACCAAGAAUCAUCUGUUUGCUACGUCUAUCUAGCUGACGUCGAAGCCGAUGAAAGGGGUUACGUUGGGAGUUCCGUGCUGGGAAAAAGUCGCUGGUGGACUAGAGGCUGGACGCUCCAAGAGUUACUUGCCCCCAAGCGCGUCAUUUUCUUUGAUCGAAAUUGGCAUGCCUUUGGCACUUUCAGGUGCUACGACAUGGCAUUGCAUCUACCUGACAUUAUUGAAAUGCUGCCUUCCAUAACGCACAUAAAUAAGGAGGUCCUAUAUUAUAGAGAUCAAAUAAAAGAUAUAACUGCAGCUGAAAAGCUAUCAUGGGCAUCCCGCCGCCAGACCACAAGAAAGGAAGACAUGGCAUACUGCUUAUUAGGUAUACUCGAUGUCAAUAUGCCACUCCUAUAUGGAGAGGGUAACAGGGCAUUUAUUCGUCUUCAAGAAGAAUAUAUCAAACAGCACAACGAUCCUAGCUUGUUUAUAUGGGGUUUUGGAAUACCUUGCACCGAUAUAUUUCAAGCCCGUAUGGCCGAGUUCCCGUUGGCACCGUCUCCCUCGCUCUUCGCAGGCUUCAAUUUUCUCCCUAGAAGAUUUGAGAGGAACAAGAUAACGUACAGCUUGCCCUCUUCGGAUUCGAUCACGAUUUCUACAGCCGUUAUCGGAAACCCCCUAAGCUCUCACUACUGA